AUGGCCUGCACCAUUCUAUUACGUCUCUUCACUCCCUCCUGUUCCAACCUUGCUUUCUCAACCACCAGCGUUAGGGUUACGCUAACCCAUUUACACUCUCCUUCCAUCUUUGCCCGGGCGAGUCGACUCAGCUCCAACUCAAUGAGUCAACCCACCGCCGAUCUCAAAGCUGUUGCGACAACGGACGAUGGGGCGCCGCAGCUGGAAAAUGCGGAUGUUGUGGUGCAGUACGUGGUGCUCAGGCGAGACCUUAUCGACAUGUGGCCGUUAGGGAGCGUGGUUACUCAAGGUUGUCAUGCUUCUGUCUCCGCCGUUUGGUCCAACAAAGACGAUCCUCACACCUUGGAUUAUUGCAGCCCCGAGAAAAUUGAUUCUAUGCACAAAGUUACCCUCGAAGUAAAGGGAGAAACCCAGAUCAAAAACUUGUCUGAGAAGCUUACGUCAGGUGGAAUCAUUCACAAACUGUGGAUUGAACAACCUGAAAACAUACCUACGUGCCUUGCCACAAAACCAUACCCCAAGUCAAUCGUAUCUUCGUAUUUUAAGAAGUUGAAACUCUGUAAGUGA